AACUCGACCAAAUCAACCAAUCAGGACUGCCGGACAAUUGUGGAUUCCAAUGCACACGUAUAUUUUUCCCAUCCGCAUUGGGAACGCAAAUAUGAAAUGAAAACUGAUCGCUCGUGUAUCCCGGAAUCCUAUCGAGUCGGCUGUCUUAAAGUACUUUAUCUCACUUGUGCAACGGUGAUUACGACGACAUUUAUUGUGGAAUGCAUCCUUGCCCACUUGGUUGUUCAGCCCUACUUGCACGAAUCCGCAUUCACUCUGACCAAUUGUUCCUACGUCCACGCACAUAUUGUCAAUCACGCGGUGAAAUGUGAGAACCGGUGCUCCAAGGAUCGUUCCAGAUUUCCUUGUCUACAAGUUCUUGUGCGCUACACCAGCCGGGGUGCCAAUCACACGGUUAUUUUGUUUGACAAUAUUGCGACCUAUCAUCAGUACAAAGCAUUUGGGUGCGCAACCAGUUCAUGUCAUCAUCGGGACGCGGAAAACACGGCCUACGUUCUACGAUUCGAACACCGAAUCAAACACCGCAACCACUUCGAGUGCUACAUCCAUUCAGUCCACGAGAAUGAAGCGCUUCUAACGAAAUUCUACUCGGCCAGAACAUUGUUCCAUGUGAUAUUCUGGCCCGUCGGCUUGUUUUUCACUUCCAUUGCUUGUGUACUUUUUGCCUAUUUGGUCGAUCGCUGUCGUGUAUGGACCGGCGACCAGAGCAUGAUUGUCUAGUCCCAUUACUUUCGCUAUGUACCCGAACCACACUCCCAUCAGAUCUCAC